GGUUGUCAUUGGUUUCGGGUGGUUCUGCUGCCUCAGCUGGCUGUAGCAGAGCUUGGGUAUUGAACUCAGGUUCUGCCUUAACCAGAAGUCGCCUUUCACUUAACAUUUAACUCCAAAAUUUGUACGUCUCCGUAGUUUACUGAUGGGCAGACAGAGGAGUUUCGCUUCCUUUUAGCUGGGCAUUCACAACAGCUGCAGAGUAUUUUCGGUCUUGAACAAGAGGAGAGGCAAUAGCAAGCGCACAGAAAUUCCUCCCUUGAGACCUGUGUAGAUCUCGAUCGUUUGUGCAACCCCCAGAAGUGAAGUGGUGAAUGGAAAUGAGAUUUCUGUGGCUGCCCUAUGGCUCUGCAGUGGUGUAUGUGAAGCUCUGCAUUGGAAAGCCCUUAGGAAUGGCUGUCCUGUGCUGGUGGUGCUCACCUCUCAAUGGAUUGUCAAAUGAGCCAUUAAUUAAUAAUCUCAGGAUUUGUCCAAUGGCUGUUUUGUGGUGGUUUUUUUCCCCUUCUGAUGAUCUGUGUGAAGCAUUCCUGCUCUUCACUUCUGAUGUUCCUCCUCCAGAGGAGGUGUUGGUGCCACUGCUCAUGGAUGUACUGAUCUGUUGUUCUGUGGUUUGUGCCAUCGUCAGCUUCUUAGCUGAGCCCAGGUUUGUGCAGAACAGAACCACCUUCAAGGGAAGGGCCAAGUGAUGUCACACCAGCACCCUCUAUGUGACAUCAGCUGGCAGCGGAGGAGUGGGAGCAGCAGUGAGAGUCACUGCAUCGCUGCCACGCUUCGACGUGUUGACCACAGUUGUGGAAACUUCUUAAUCUGCUCUCUUGAUCAAGCCUCACAAUGACAGAGGAAGCAUGCAGGACACGAAGUCAGAAACGAGCCUUAGAACGUGAGGUACCACAUAACGAUGUGGACAGCAAGAAACUAAAAAUGGAGAAAGGACUGUUAGGAACUGAAAUAAGUGCUGAAGGAGACAUGAAAAUAAAAACGGAUCCUGGAGCUGGAAAAGUGCAAGGACUGUUAAAAAGCGGAGAGGUGAAAGCAACCAUUAAAGUGGAGGUUCAGACGGGAGACGAGCCCGUGGACAUGAGUACUUCCAAAAGUGAAAUAAAGAGAGAGAAGCGAGUCCCCUCCCCGGAUGUCAUAGUGCUGUCAGACAAUGAACCUUCUAGCCCUAGAAUGAAUGGUUUAACAAAAAUAGCAUUAAAAGAGACCAACACGGAGGCACUCAUGAAAAGCAGUCCUGAGGAGCGUGAGAGAAUGAUCAAACAACUGAAAGAAGAGCUACGGUUAGAGGAAGCAAAGCUUGUCCUAUUGAAAAAGCUACGGCAGAGUCAAAUCCAGAAGGAGACCACUACUCAGAAGCCUGCCUGUUCCUCUGGGAGUGCUGUGGCCACCCCUCCGCCCUUGGUGCGGGGCACGCAGAGUGUUCCUGCUGGCAAGCCGUCCCUGCAGACCUCUUCUACACGUAUACCAGGCACUGUUAUUCCUCCUCCAUUGGUUCGUGGUGGGCAGCAGGCCUCUGCAAAAUUAGGAACCCAGCAAAACACACAGAUAGUAAUGCCACCUCUUGUCAGAGGAGCACAGCAAAUCCACAACAUCCGACAGCACUCCAGCACGGGGCCGCCUCCGCUGCUGCUGGCACCACGGGCAUCGGUCCCCAGCGUCCAAAUUCAGGGGCAGAGAAUUAUCCAGCAGGGCCUGAUCCGUGUGGCCAACGUCCCCAAUACCAGCCUGAUCGUCAACAUCCCUCAGGCCUCUCCAACUUCAAUCAAAGGUACAACAGUGACAUCAGCUCAGGCCAAUGCCACCUCCACCAGCGCUGCUUCCAUCGUCAACUCCAACGAGUCGCCCGCCAGCCGGCAGGCUGCAGCCAAGCUGGCGCUGCGGAAGCAGCUGGAGAAGACACUGCUGGAGAUCCCUCCUCCAAAGCCACCUGCUCCAGAGAUGAACUUCCUGCCCAGCGCAGCUAAUAACGAAUUUAUUUACCUAGUUGGAUUGGAAGAAGUUGUGCAGAAUUUGCUGGAAACUCAAGGUAAAGUUGCCAUUCCCGUUUCAUCUCGUGAGCCCUACAUGUGUGCUCAGUGUAAGACUGACUUCACCUGCCGCUGGAGGGAGGAGAAGAAUGGAACCAUUAUGUGUGAAACCUGUAUGACAUCCAAUCAGAAAAAGGCCUUGAAAGCAGAGCACACUAACAGGCUGAAGGCUGCCUUCGUCAAAGCUCUGCAGCAGGAGCAGGAGAUUGAGCAGAGGAUACUGCAACAGACUGCAUCUCCUGUACAGAGCAAGUCAGACCCCAUCGUGCAGCACCACUCGCUCAAGCAGACUUCUAGCCAGAUGUCUCGAGGCUCUGGAGGUCCACGGGGAGUGUUGCAUGCAUUUAGCCAGUCACCCAAGUUGCAGAAUGCAUCGUCUGCAGCAGCACUUGGGAGCAGGCCAGGUAAGCAUGCUGAGAGACCUGUCAGCAAGGGCAGCGCUGCCGCCUGGAAGAAGACUCCCAUCAAUACAGGUGGGGCUCUACCCUUUGUUAACCCUAGUUUAGCUGUGCACAAGUCCUCCUCAGCAGUAGACCGCCAGCGUGAGUAUCUCCUGGAUAUGAUCCCCCCACGGUCCAUCCCACAGUCUGCCACGUGGAAAUAACGCAGAGGAACACCCGAGAGGAAGACUUUCCUGUUUCUGCCAUCCUUUUUAUACCACACGACAGUGGAAUCUGCUUUAAUCCCAGCUGGAUACGCCCCAGGCUUUAUAGGAUGCAAGAAGACCACUCCUCAUCCCAUCGAGUGCUGCUGUCCCCGCUAUGAGAAAUGACACCGUGUGGGUGGGAAAGACUUGAGCUCAUUUGGUUAUCAGAUUCUUGUGAUUGACUGAUAAUGAAGGCUGUCGGGGAAGGGGAAGAAUUCUUAUUUUUUGGGCUUUAUAUAUUUAGUUUGGAUUUUCUUUGUCACCAGCACAAGAGGAGGACUGAGUGACUCUCUGCCUUCGGUUUCUUUGUUGAGAACUGCACCAGGAGCACGGUGUUGGUUCACCACGGAGCAUGGAUGGCAGCCUGGGGAGAGCAGCUUCCACCAGUCCUGCAGACACAUUUAGUGAGCCGAGUUCAUGUUUGCUUUUCUUCCCUGCCCCUCCUCAGCCAGGAAGGCAGUCUACAGAUGAUAAUGUUUCAGAAUCCGCCGAUGAUGAGCUAAUGAUAAAUAAGAGCAAACUGAAAUUCCACUUGAGUCUGUUAUUUCCUAAGGGACUGGCUACCACCAAAACUCGUCUGGUGGGUGGGACCCAGUGCAGGAGCCUCUCAAUUUUGUUGGAUUCUGUUUCGAAUAGACUCUGAACUGUUGGUAGUCUAAAAAUCUAAUUUACUGCAUAGACAAACACCUUUGUUCGAUCUUUCUAAUUCAGCGAAGAGCAGUUGGGCCUUUCAUACGUUCCCAGAGGACUUAAUGAGUGAAACUGUUUCGGAUUAUUUUCUUUUUUUUUUUCUUUUUCUUUUUUUUUUUUUUUUUUUUUUUUUUUUUUUUUUUUUUUUUUUUUUUUAGGUUUAUUGUUGUUUUGAGCAAUUUUACUCCAAAUCCAGGAGCUGCAGAAGCUGCACGCAGUCAGAAGGGCGAGCAGAGGGGGGGGCCAUGGCUGGGUUAAACACUGUGCCCACUGCUCCCCCCCCUUCCAGGCCCGCUCCCCUGCCACUGCAGUAUUGCAUUUUGAUAGAGCUUUAGGUAACCCUGCUUUAAGGACAGGUUUCUACGUGGUUUUAAUAUAUUUUGGGGAUUCCGCAGGUUUCAGCCCAGAUCCCUCAGGUCCAGUUUGUCUCCUCGUCAUCUUCUCUCCUUCUUCCCUGUGCUUCUCCCAAAUUCACGUCCAAUUCGAGUGGCAGAAAGACAUGCCUUACUACUUAUGUUGCAUAUCAGUGCUAGAAGUAGUGCUGAUGAGAAUUAUUUGCAAAAUUAUAUAUAUAUCUAUAUAUCUAUAUAUAAAAGAAAAGGGGGGAGUGGGUACUACUCAGCCUCUAUGCUGAAUCUUAUUUUCUUAGCAGCUGCUGUUAGAUCUAACUCUGAAGCAGUCUCUGUGUAGGGCCACCCCCCCAGAUCUAACUAUUGCAUAGUGGGAAAGAGAACUCGUCCAUUUUAGCCCCUGUUCUGUUGUGUGAAUAUCAAUAUUUAGAUACUUUGGAAACUGUUGGGUAGCCUAGAGAGCCUAGUUUUGCAAAAUGGUCUUUGUUGCUGUAUAAAGCCCUAGGAUUUCAAUUUGACUUUGUUUUAUUUUUUCUCCGUUUGUUUUACAAAUGUAUAUUAAGAGCGACCUGGGCACGAGAGGAAUUAAUUGUGUUGGGUUCAUUUUUCUUUUCAUUCCGGGGUAUUUUGGAUCGGGAGACGUGGAGAGAGAGAGAAAGAGAGAAAUGGAGUGCAUUUUAUUUUUGCACUUUGAAAAUAUUACAGAAUUGUUUCAGUUCUUUACACGUGUGGAGUUUUCUUGUAUUUUAUUUUAUUUUUUUUUUCUCUCUUCUGACCAAUGCCUGCAUUAUCACCAAAACAUGUCCAGAGCUGAUACCCGACCUGGGGAGGGAGAGCGUGUUUGUCCAAAAGAAAAAAAAGCAAAACCUCUCUCAAUUUAAAACGCAGAUGCCUGGGGGGGAGCCGGAGUGAUGUCUGCCUUGUGUGUCACAGCUGGCAAAGAGGGGAGUGGAAAGAGGGGCAGAAGUAUGAAAAGCACCCGGCUUAAAAGCGAUGGCAGCGCCUGUUUGGGCACAGCAGCUCACACUGUUCCAGCACAGCCCAUAGGGGAGACCUGCCACUAAGCUCAGUGUGAUGGGAGAGAGCUCAGAACUGGAAGCAGGAAGCACGAAGCGCCUUGCAAACGCUGCUCCCUCGUGAUGCUGGACCGCAGCGAGCUUCUAUUUAGUAAAUUGAGUGGCCCCGUGAGCCCCAUCCAAUGCACCAGGGGGUUUGUAACCAACAGAUCCAGCCCAGCCAUCGCUGCUGCCAUCCAGACCCGGUCUGACAUCGUUUUUAAGCUGUGGUUCUUGGAGCACUGCAGGUAACUUCCUUAUUUAUUGCAUGUGUCGCUGCAAAGCCCUGGGCUGGGCGCUGCAGCAGAACACGAGCGCUGAGCUUCGCUGCACGGCCGGAGCUGCGUGUUCUGCUCAGCACUGUGCCAGCUGCACUGCAGGGCGGGCAUCUCCUCCUCCCCUUCCAGAGGAGGGGAAGGCUGGGGGGGGGGAGAAAAAAGCAAAAAAGCUCCAUUGGAUGGAACGUCCCGGCGGUGGUGCUACGCCUCGAGCUGACGCUGCUGGGGAGCGGUGGAGGCGGGCGGCCGAGGAGCCGUGCAGAACAAACCUCUGCUCCUCUGUGCUGCCACGUGCUGGGAUUCCCACCACCCAAGGGCUCCCACAGAAGUGUGGGGAGAGCUCUGAACAAAGACCGACCGCCGCCGCUUCGCUGCACGGCGCUGCAUGAGCUGGGGACGGUGCUGCAGGCUUCCACCUCUCCUGGGGAGAGGCUGAGAGCAGCGUUGGUUCUCACAAGCCAUAUAACCUUUCUUGGAGACGUUGCAACUACGAGAUUUUAUAAUACAGUAAUAAUGACAAUGACUUAUUGUACUUAGAUUUUAGCGACUUGUGAAAAUAAACCCCUGAUUUUCAUUUGAAAACCAGUGUUGCGAUCUGGGAGCCCGUGUGGUUUGUUAAUUUUGUUGGUUUUUAUUAUUAUAAUAGUUAUUAUUAUAGCCUAAUUUAUUGCCCACGCGGAGCUCGGGGUGACGCCGUGGCCAUGGGGCUGUGCUCCUCGUUGUGCCACGCAUGGCAUUCCUGCUGGGAUGCUGAGGAAGAUGCUGGGUUAACCCUGCCCUCCCAGUAGGUCAGUGCUGGUGGGUUUGUUUGCUUCUUUUUUUCCAUAGAUCCCUUUUUAUGACGGUUUUAGGAACCGCUCCUUCACCUCCGAAUUGUCGGACCUCGCCAUCCCUGUUUUGUUUUUGCUUACUAAGUAGAAAACAAAUGGCCAAAGGGCAGCAAAGAAUUGGGAAAGUGGGGAUGUGGGCUGUAGGAGUGAGCAGAGCUGGCCUGAUGGGUGCCACUGCAUUCAGAGCCUUCGUCACCUUUUCCUUUCAGAAGGAGAGGGCACAGAAGGCGAUUUUUUUUUAAUAAUAAAGAUAUAAAUAUAUAUAUAUAUGAUGCAAAAAAAAAGACCUCAAGGAACCACAGGAGUGUUUGUCUGCUUAAGGCAGUGACGCUGUGUAUCGCCUUUCAGCGGAACAGUUUGCAUUGUGCUUUUUUUUUAAAAAAAGAUGAGAAGAAUUUAUAAUCGUUAACAAAGUGUAACAGCGACGUUACAGCAGCGCAGGGUAUGGUUUUGUCACUCGUAUUUAUUGUGACUCUAAAUCUUUUGAUUAAAAAAAUAUAUAUCAAAACUUUAAAAAAAAAAAACAAAAAACAAAAAAAAAACAAAACAAAAAAAAAAAACAACAAAAAAAGUUCCCACUGAUCGUCCCAAGGGAGGAAGAACCUGAACUCAAUAACUGUGCGUUGUGUUGUGAGGGGGGUUUUGGUGUUUGGAUGACAAUAAACAAGUGGACA